GUUGCAAAAAAGGAUUGUAAACAUUUGUUUCUGUUUUUGUUUCUGAUUCAUAUUGUGUCAAUUAUUUGAAAGAAACUGUGUAGGAACACGUGAGCUUGAUUAUUAUAACGUAAUAAAAUACAUUUAAUUAUAUAAACAGGGAAAGAUUUAUUUUCAAACAUUACAAUUGAAUCUGCUUUUAAUUGGUAUUUAUUAUCUUUGUUCAGUACAGCAAUAAUAAGUCUGUCUUUUGCUAAUCCUAAAAUAUUUAUUUAUUCAAAAUAAAUAAUUAUUUUGACAAUAAUAAUCUGUAUUAAACCCAUUAGGUAAAAGAAAAUGAAGUUUACAGUUCGUCCUAUUGAUUUACCCAGUUGUAAUUUGAGAAUAGGUAAAUUGAGUGAAAUCAAGAGAAUUCCAAACACAGUUCUUCUAACACCCCUUCUUCUCCUUUAUUCCAAGGGAGGAAGUGUAACACACAUGACACGUGAAGUCCUUGAAAUGGUUACAGACAUUUCUUCACAAGCGGUGCAUAUUCCAUUGUCAAACAGUGCUCAGUGUUAUAAUGGAGUUAAACACUUUAAAGAGGGAAUUUCCAGCUUUGCUGGUCUACAUGAGUGUUUAUCAUACUGCUCAGUACAAGACCCUGCGGAAGCAACUAGAGUGGGCUACAAUGAGAAAACUAGCAUAACAAUUUGGACUCACACUGGUAGGAAACAGCUUACAGCAGAUAAGUACAUGGAUAUGAUGGAAGCAUUCAGGCCAGACAUGUACCAAGCACUUUGUGAUGGAGAUACUAAUACAGAAAGCUCCCGGAAGAGAAGCCAGAAAGCGGUGGAUGUAUCGACUAGUUUGUUCCUAUCAUGUGCAGACAGGCACACAAAGUCACAGAGCCUGAAGGACAGUGCAUUGCUUGCUACAGUAGAGGGGGGAUAUGACCUGGAAGCUAGGCGUCAGUCAGCACAGAUGUUCAGCCGCCAUCCCUUGGUUCAAGGGUUUGUCAUCGAUGGACUUCAUAACAACGGCAUGGCUGUGGAACAGAUGAGUUAUGACACCAUCCGGCCAGUCAUCACGGAAACAUUGAAAUACUUGCCUGAAGAUAAACUACGAGUUCUGCACGGUUGCUGGAGACCAGAUGUUGUGUUAGAGCUAGUCCAAGCAGGUAUCGAUGUGUUCGACUCCUCUCUUGUAUACUUGGCUGCUGAGCGUGGGUGUGCAUUUACUUUCACCUACCAUGCUUGCCCUCAUCCAGUGUUAUCAAAUGAGGACCAGUGUAGUAGAGUGAUUGAGGAAGAACAAAAAGAGAAUGGAUGCAUUAAGAACGUUACACAGAACUGUAAGCCAGAUGACAUGCAGACCAAGACCUGUAAACGUAUUACCGACUAUGAGAUGAAUCUCAAUGACAAAAUAUAUUUUGAUGACCUGAGCCCCAUAAUGCGAGAUUGUAAGUGCCUGGCUUGUACUAAACACACAAGAGCUUAUAUCCACCAUCUGCUCAACACCAGAGAGAUGCUGGCAUCCGUUCUGCUUAUGAUCCAUAACCUCCACCACUAUCAGAAGUUCUUUGAGGCAAUUCGAGAGAAUGGAAAAAAAGGUCAGCUGUUGGCCAUAAACUGUCACCCAAGUUAGCAUGAAGCAUGCGGUACUUGAGUUACCUUUUAAGUAUUGAACAGUCUGUAAUUCCUAUUUUUUACUUUUUUGAACAAUAGAGAUAGUUUAUUUAUAGUUGUAGGUAGUAGUAGUGACUUUCUCCCUUGUAUCUGGUGUAGGAGGAAGAAUUCCGAUGAUUUGAAGAGUAAGGUUUUGUCUUCAGAGGAAAUAUCCACCCGAUUAACAUUUUGUUUUGUGAAAAUAAUAGUAUUCAGUUUUUGGUAAGGUUAUAUCGCCAAAACUACAAACCAAUAAAUGAAACGAGGCUGACCAAAUUUUGUUCAUGGUUAUUUUAUUGUUAGGACAUUUUUAUUUUGGAACUUUUUAAUCCAAAACCAUAUUUUUUUUUAAUAUCCAACAUUUUGUUAAAACCAGAGACGGAUAAUAAAAAGUAGACUGUCAUUCCAUGUGGGAGAAGUUGUGCUAAGUCGGUGUCAGCCAAAUUGUUGUAGUGUUGACAGCCCACCCUAGAUUGUGCUGUGCUGGCGUUCCCUCUACCCUGAACUUCCUCAUCCCUUGCCCCCACCCUCCCCCACACUACCUUGCUCUUCCCUCCCCAUCUUCACUCCACAGCUUGUGUUAUGGCUAGAUCUUCUAGAGUGAACUAUAGUUGCACUGUUCUCGCCAGCCUCCAAUUUCAAUAUAUGAUUACGUCUGCUUCUAUUAUUGGUCUCUGGUUGAAACAGCCUGAACAAUUUUGAAACCAAGAACUGUGUGGGAUGUAUCGCUUUGAGUUUGAACCACUGACAAAAACUUAAUUUAGUACAAUCUAGCAGAAAUUGAAAUUGCCAAAAACUUUAUAAGAAUGUUUUCUUGUAAUGCAUACAUAAUGGGAGAAAGAUUUCAACAAUAUUAUGUGGCACCAAUUAUUUUUAUUAUUGUACCCUAUAUAGAUACUUGUAAUGUGUAAGAAGAAACAUGUGCAUUUUGUUAAGGUAAAUAAUAACUGUGCACAGAGGAAUUUGUACAAUUCAUGAAAUAAUGAAUGUGUGUAGUUAUGACCAAAGAAUAAAUCUUUGGCUGUGUUUAUUAGAGACUUUUAAUUAAUUAACUAUCUUUAAUUAAAUACUCUUAGCCGGUGAAAGACAAUUACCACAAAAUACCAUAUAGUAUAUAACAAAUGGACUUUCUAUUUUGUGGAGAAAAGUUUUGGUAUCAAUAAAAGUUCAAUUAAUGUACUAAAUACUUCACAAAAACUAAUUGACUGUUGGAAAAAAUCAUAACUAUAUAACAACAAUAUUAUAACCAUAAUAUACUGUUCCUAACUUAAAAUAGUUUAAGUAAAUAUUUAUUUAACAUUUAGUGAUAGUGUCAAAUAUACAGUUAUCACAUGUUGGACUGUAUUGUUUUCUGUGUUAUAAUUGUUUGUCUGACCAUAUAUUAUGCGAUUUAGCAGAGGAUCGUAGAAAUUCUUCUCGUGGGUUCCUUUGUGCCUAAGUGCAGUGGCCUGAUUUCUCUGUUUCUUUUCAUUUAUAAUUUCUCACUGAUUCACUGUGGCUUGUCAUAUCAUCUAUUUAGAACAGUAAAAAAGAUCAGAACAAAAUAUUUUUUAACGGCCGUAAGCUUUUACAAAAUUUUUUUGUAGCACAAUUUUUUUGCUUAACCACUUAAUUUUAUUUUUGGUUUGUUUACAUUUUUUGUUACAUUUGUCUUAUAUACAAACUUAUGUUUACAUAGUGGUGGAUGUGAUAUUUAUGGGUUGCAAGUGAUCAUUAGGUAAUAAACAUUGUGCUACUAGUGAUUGUGUAGAAUGACGCAAUAAUUAUUUCAGAUGAAUUUUUAACAGAGAUUUUUAUGAAUGUAGUAAGUGACAAGUUUGUGAUGAUGCCUUCCCUUAGUAUUCAGUUAAAAAAUACUAACAAAAUAUUUAUUUUCCAUUAUAUUGUUUAUUAUUAAUAUACAUUUUUUAAGUCAAAAAGUUUUAUUUAAUUAAAAAAAGUGUAAUUUUUCUCUCUCUGUCUAUCUAGCAAAUGUAAAUAUAUAUAUAUAUAUAUAUAUAUACAAACAAAGGGAAUUUAAAAAUCCAAUUUUGUCACGAAUAUUAAAAACACGAUCUAUAAAAUUGAACUACAGAGCUAUUCUUCCUAUCAUACUAUAUGGAAGUAAACAGUAUAACCCUUAAUAGUAUUUAUAUAUAUUCAACAUAGAUUUUAUCUUUACUAUAUAAAUGUCAAUGCUGUUCAAAUGUUUUUGUUAAUGUUGUUAUUUUAAAAUAGUUAUUUUUGUGUAUUGUAUCUUGUGAUGUGUAAGGCAAGGCAGAAAUCAGUAUAAAAUAGACAUUUUUUGUAUAAAAUGUUUAAAUAUUCAAGACUUUAUUAACAAAAAUUUUUAAAACAAAAUAAUAACCCUACAUUAUUGGAACAAAUAUUUGAAUCAUUUGUACAUUUCUAUUGCAAUCCUUUGUAAUAGUAUAAUGCAAGUAUGACAAGCUCACAAUAAAAAUAUCCUUAUGAAGGCACCAAAGCUUAUGUUGAGAAUGCCAUUGGAUAUUUAUUCAUCAUUUUGAUCUUUCAUCUAGAAUAACUUUCAUUUAGAAUAACUUUCGUCUAAAAUAAGAGAUAAAUGAAACAUAUAUGAUUCAACUGAAAUAUUGAGAAUAAGAUACCGAGCAAUUAAUUGAUAUAUGAUGAAUAGAGUAAAGCCAAUUGUAAUUACAAAACCCACAACUCCCUUACAAUAUUUUAAUCUUAAUUUAUUUUUAUUUAAUUACGUGAGUAACAAAUCUUUUUUACGGUAACAACUGCCUUACACUUAUAUAGUGUUUUAUUAUAUACUUAUUAAUUUUAGUUUCAAAACGUAUAAAUUGUUUAUAAUAAGGUUUUUCUGUUACUAUACAGUGCAUACUUUAUUUUAAUCAUGCUAAAAAAUAAAAUAAAAUAAAAUGUUUUUUUAGUAUAUGUUUACAUAAUCUUGGAAAACCACAUAACAUAUAAGUAAGAGCUCAUAUUAUGCAUUUUAUAAAACAUAAUGAAUAAACUUGACAUGUUUUCAGAAAAUUUGUUAUUUGAUUAGUUGCUAUUAAAAUGUAUGAAUACUUUUCAUUUCUGUAUCUGAAUGGUUAGAAAAUGAGUUAGACUGUAAUUUAGAUACAGAAUUUAGUAUAAUAAUAGGUUGUAAGUCAAUAAAUCUGUGAAUUAUCUGUACAAAUUAGGUUAAAGAUAAGUUUUAGUUUGGCCAGUAUGUCAUUUGCAAAUUGUGAUUUCUUUGGAAAUAAAACAAUAUAAACACUA